AUGCAAAGGUCAGCCUCACUUCUUAUCCGCCAACUUCGUCCAGCAAUCCGUCUUUUGAGCACAACUUCCUCAUUAAAGGCAGAUAUAGAGGUUCAAGAAGCUUUUUCCUACGUCUAUCAUGUGAAGCUAAAUAGACCUGAACGACGCAAUGCUUUUACCUUCGAGAUGUGGCAGGACAUGAAAAAAGUGUUUGAUAGUCUCGCUGAUGAUCCAAUAUGUCGUGCAAUUGUCAUCUCAGGCAGCGGGAAGUCCUUUUGUUCCGGGAUUGAUCUGCAAAAGGGGAUGGGUGUGCUAAUCCAAAUGCUAAUGGACGAUGAUAUGGAUGUAGGAAGGAAAGGUCGAAUGUUGCGCAAAUUCAUCACUGAGGGGCAAGCCGGUUUUAGUGCUAUUGAGGCAUGCCCGAAGCCAGUCAUAGCUGCAAUUCAUUCCCAUUGCUAUGGCGCUGGCAUAGAUUUGGUUACUGCUUGUGAUGUUCGUUACUCAAGCAGUGAUGCUGUCUUUAAUAUAAAGGAAGUUGAUAUUGGUAUGGCUGCAGAU